AUGGCCCAGUCUUUGCCAAAACAACCGCUGAACAGAUCGACAACUGUAUCUCAAGAUGUCAACAAAGAAGAGCAGCAAAGAAGUGGUUAUGAUCCAUCAGACACCACAUUCAGAUUUGUCACAAGACCAGACGAUAUCACUCUGGAUGAUGACCCCGACUCCUUGAGGGCUGAGAUGUCCUGUGGCCAUGCAGUCACACCGCAGUCUCUCACGGCCUGGUGCCGCAGCCUACUGGACCAGGGGCAAUAUAAAUUCACUUGUCCUGCACUGAAGGCAGGCACCACAAUGGAGAAGUGUGGGGAGGAAUGGUCCUACACAGAGAUGCGUAAGCUGGCUGUGCUGACAGCAGAAGAGCAGGCUCACUUUGAGGAGACCAUGGCUAUGCUGGCUGCUGCUGAGUAUUGUGAGUUCAAAACAUGUCCUGGCUGUCAGUCAUUUGUGGAAAGGCAAGACCUGACCAACCUGUCUGUGCACUGCAAAAUCUGCACCACGCAGACCAGAGAAGUCUAUGAUUUCUGCUGGCAGUGUCUGCGGAGGUGGCGGGGACGUGCACCUAGAGUUGACAAGUGUGACAACGAGGGGUGCGUCAACCAAGACGUGGAGAGGCUGGCCAAGUGUAACCUGCUGACUCUCGAAGAAGUGCAAAAUGUGCGAGUCCCAUCCAUGCGCGCCUGUCCCACAUGUGGCAACAUCGUGGAGCACAAUGGAGCAGGGUGUAAAAACAUCAUAUGCAAUCGGUGUCAGAUUGAGUUCUGCUUUUCCUGCUUGAAACUCAAACCUGAUUGUCUGAUCACCAGCAGUUACUUCCUGCCAUGUGCUGAUGGUGUGGCUGACCGCCAGACCAGUAUCCCAUCAAUAAUGGAAAGUGUGGCAGCUGUUGCGGGCCAACCUGAAUGAUACAUAUCAGUACAUAGGCUAUCAAGCUUUAGUACACUUCCUUCAUCUACUACAUGCAUAUGCUGUUUUUAUUUGUAUGUAAAAUAUUAAAUAUACAGUAGCCUAGGUACCGACACACUCAAACUACAAACUCUUUCUCUCUCCCACACCAACUCAAUUACUCACUCACACACACGCGCACACACACACACACACACACACAGAGAGAGAGAUAUGAGGAGAUGUAGACACUUGUCUUAUACCUGUCUGUGUAAUAGCCAAUAAACAUGCAGUGUUAAAUUAA